AUGAAUCUUGGCAGAGCUGAGAGCGAGCCGCAAAUGGACUUUCAGAGACAGCAGCUGAACUAUAAGCAGCCAUCCUUCUACCAACAAGUAAGAUCGACCACUGAAAGCUAUCAAGGGGGCCGCAGAAAAUUGGGCGGAGGAGGAAGCAUGGGCAAGCUGUUCAUCAUCCAGUUGGACGGCCGGAUCUACAGCUGCCGUAACUGCCGGAGUCAUCUGGCCAAGAGCGAGGAGCUAGUGUCGCGGUCGUUCCAUUGCCGAAACGGGAAGGCCUACCUCUUCAACAGCGUUGUGAAUGUGAGCGUGGGGCCGUUGGAGGACCGCCAGAUGACGACCGGGCGCCACACGGUCGCCGACAUCUACUGCAACUGCUGCCAACAAGUCGUUGGCUGGAAAUACGAAGCGGCAUACGAGAAGAGUCAAAAGUACAAGGAGGGGAAAUACAUUCUGGAGAGGGGAAAGAUGAUCGACGUCGACAGUUCCAAUGACUUCUUCGUAGAGUCGCAUCCGGCUCUAAGCGACCCGGAAGACGGGGGGUAAUUGACUCGUGCGCGGGUAUCGACUGCACCGCUUUGUACAGAUUGUAGGAUUUAGGAAUUAGCAGAAGGUGGUUUGUACAUAAAAGGAAAAAGAGGAAAGGGGUGUCGUAUCAUCCGAGGAAUGAUACAAUUCUUCGGCUGUUUUAGGAAGCAGUCGUGUCAACGUCAUCUCCAAGAGCACGCACGCCUCAUAGUCACGGUCCUCCGUUGUGCUCAUGAAAUCGGUAGGAAUCAGCAUCGACUUUUGAACGUAGAUUUGGAAGUCUGAGCCCUGUACGUAAAUGGACACACUUGAUUUCACGAGAAGCCACAGAACUCUAAUGGAUCCGCUGAGCUCUCGGAUGCCUGAACUUGCUGUGUAUAGUGCAGCCGGAUAGGGCCUUCUUGAACCCCGCUCUGGCUUCCUUGAGGUCACACAAGAGACCGUGCAGAGAAGUCAAAGCAUGCACCUGGCAUGCGCAUUCUUGUACUCAUACUUUCAAGUACGUCUAAGGAUUCCAAUUCAAUCUUUUGACAGUUGCGUUACUCGUAAGGUUUUUCCGUGCAG